AUUCAUCAGCAUUUAUUCUGUAAUCUAUGUGGAAUAUAUUUCAACAUUGUGUUACACUAUGACAUGAUCUUCUUUGAAUCACAGAUGAGAAUAGAUCAAGAUCAAUGCAAAACAGCUCUUAUGUCCUUUUCACACAUUGAAAACCAAACAAUGCGAGAAACAAGACACCUCUGACCUCAAUAUUCAGUUCCAAGACAUGAUCUAUGAUCAUUUGAAUGUUCUCGUAGACAGUAAAAUUUGCUACAUUUUUUGUGUAUCCAAAACAUAUGAUAAGCACAAGAGAAUUUUCCUACUGAAAACAAACACUGGAAACAUUCAGAGAUCAAACUACUGUUUGUAACACUGGUUUAAAAGAAUUAUAGAUUUGCAAAAGGCAGUAAUGUUGAAGAUAUGAAUCAAGCACAAUAUUUAGCUUUUGUACACAUAACACUACAAAAUCCAAACACUUAAAAAAAAUUAAAGCGCCAUGAACUUAAAGUGAUCUCUAUGAUGUUGUUUUACAGUAAAUAAUAGUUUGUUUUAUGCAAAGAAUAAUAAGGGGGAUGUUGAGAAAGCCUUUUGUUUUUCUGUGGAGAAUCAAGUUAAUUUAAUAGUUGUAUCAUUAAAGAUCUCGGGUUUAAAUUGUCUGUAGGAAAGUGUCUUUAUUCUGAAGUCAUAACACAAAACACGAUGAGAGUGAUUAUCAGGAAGAGAAAACACUGCUGUGAGUUCAGAAGAAAAAACAUUCUGUCAGUCUUUCAUUAUAGAAAUCAAUCCAGCAAAGAAAUGAGUCAACAGAAAAGUUGUUCUCUUUGUUUAUCUGCUGGUUUCCUGUAAGAGAUUUCCCUCUGCAAUGGAAGAUUGUACCAUCUUCCUGACACCAGAUUUGAUUUGUAAAUAAGUGUUUUAGUAGUUUAAGACGUUCAGUGGUGAUGUCAUGAGAGUGGAGAGAGUGACAGUCAAAUAUCCAGAGGGAUGUACUGCUAGAAGAGUGAAGAAGAGAGGAGGACUCUCACACUGAGUGAAAUCUUCAUCUGUAACCCCAGAGGAAAGUUCUGCUCAUAACACAUAAGAAACUCAAUUCUCUUCUAUUCUCAUAUUACUUUUUUUUCACCAGUGACAUGGAAAAUCUCAUUCAACUGAUUUUACUUUCUAGUCUUGUUUCUGUUCCAGGGAGUUCAGCAGAGAAUUUAGCAUUUAAAGGAACAGCGACACAGUCAUCCACAUAUAGUACCUGGUCAGCUAAACGUGCCAUAGAUGGUCUCAGAAAUGUUCCAUACUGCAUACAUACAUCAAUUUAUAGUACCCCAUGGUGGAGGCUGGAUCUUCAGGAUUAUUAUGACGUCAGUACAGUGAUCAUCACUGCUCGGUCAGACUGCUGUUUGGAUGAAACCCGUGGAGCAGAGAUUCGUAUUGGAAACUCACUAGAGAACAAUGGAAACAACAAUCCCAUAUGUGCUGUGACUCCUGGUUUUCUACUUGGUCAAAGCAUCAGUUUCUCAUGCCUUGGGAUGAAGGGACGUUAUGUGAACGUGGUCAGAUCUGGAAGUACAUCAAUUCUCGCUCUGUGUGAGGUGGAGGUCUAUGGAGUUCACAGACAAAAAACCUUUCUGAGGCUGAAGUUUUCCUCCAGUGGUGAUGUAGCUGCUGAGAGCGACAAAAUCCUCCAUCAGCUCCAGUCUGCUCUGGGAUUGAACAUCUCUGAUUUUAAACUGUCCUGGACACAACUACCCAAGAAAGAAGAAGAACAGGAGGAGGACGGAGGUUCUUGUGUUAAACAUCUUUAACUGGAUACACAAACUGAAUCUCUAAUGCAAUGAUUCAUUUUAUUCAGUGAUUUCUAUUAUUUUUCUUCUCUAUUAUUGAUGGUGUGAAUGACGUGGUGUUCACAUCACUGUUGUCAUCCUUUCAAUCUCAUUAUAGUCCGCCUCAUUAUAUUUGUGUUGUGUAGUUGUGUGCCAAAGCCUGAGAUAAAGUGUGUAGAAAAACAAUGGCGUGUCAAUAUAUUUAUCAUAAUUUGUUCUAUUAAUAGCAUCACAUCUUAAACAUGUACCAUCCUUUAAAAACUCUGAGAUUUCUAUUUCCCCAAUUUUGUUUUUUAUUUUAUUUAUUACAGGGACAAUGCAUACAUUUCGUUGCAUAGUACUUGUACAUGUGUAAUGACAAUAAAAUUGAAUCUCAUCUCAUCUCAUUAAUAAACAGUUCUGUCAAUAUGCCUAAAUGCUGUCUUUCACCUGCAGUCAGACAGACUGGACAGUCUAGACAGAUGGUAAAGGUCAUCCUUACAUUAUAAUUAUGUUAUAUUUACACUUGUUUAUUUUCUAUAAACUGCUCAUAUGUGUGCAUUGUGUAUAAAAGUGACACAUCAUCAGGUGUUGUGUGUCUUCUGUGGUGAAGUGUGUCAGAUGUGUGCUGCACUGCUGCAUCUUCCAGUCUCUUUCUGUGAAUGAAUUUAUUCUGUGAUUGUUUGAUCGUGUUCUUGAGUCCCUCUCGUCUCUUCAUCAUCAGAUUGCUGUACGUCUGUCUGAUCGUUUCAAUUGUGAUGUUCCAGUGAGUGUUUCUUUUUCGGUGAAUGUUUUUGUUUGUUUGUUGUGUAAGCGCUUUUACCAUUUGAUCACUAUUUGCAU